AUGGCCCUCUUGAUCUCCUCGUGCCGGAAUUGGAGUGGCCUGAUGGCGUUACGGUUCUUCAUGGGCUGCUUGGAAGCUAUUAUCGUUCCGUCCGUCACCCUUAUCGUCGCUGGUUUCUAUAAGAAGCAUGAACAACCGCCGAGAAAUGCUAUUGCUUUGGCCGCAGUUAGCUCAGUGAUCAACGGCUUUUUAUCAUGGGCGGUUGGUCAUAUACCUGAUUCUGCUCCAUUGGCGAUCUGGCAGUACCUGUAUCUCAUCGUUGGCACUGUCUCCAUAACAUGGUCUAUAGUGGCCUUUAUUUUUCUCCCUGAUUCUCCCAUGACUGCCUCCUUCUUGUCCGAGCAGGAGAAAUAUUAUGCGGUGCAACGGGUGGCUGAGAAUAAAACCGGAAUUGUCAACAAGCAGUGGAAAGGCAACCAGGCCCUCGAGGCCAUCAUGGACCCGAAGACGUGGAUCCUUUUCUUCUUCAACAUUGCUAUCAACAUUCCCAACGGAGGCCUCACCACCUUUAGUGGAAUCAUCAUCAAUAACCUUGGAUUCUCCCCUGUUAACACAUCCCUCUUGAACAUGCCGACCGGUAUCAUGUCGACCAUCUCGGCCUUUUUCUUCUCGUGGCUAGCCGCGAAGUGGACCGACCGGAGGUGUCUUGUUACGAUGAUCGCGGCCUGUUUGCCGAUCAUAGGAUCGGUGGUUGUCUAUACUCUUCCACGAACGAACAUUGGGGGGCAGAUGGUCGGGAUAUAUCUGUUAUAUACCUACUUUGGUCCAUACGUAGUUGGAAUUUCAAUGGCCCAGGCCAAUACUGCUGGCCACACGAAGAAGAACUUUCAAUAUUCGAUUUUGUAUAUCGGCUAUGCCGUUGGCAAUUUGAUCGGACCUCAAACAUUCCGCGAGGAACAGGCUCCUGCCUACACAGGAGGCUUUGUCGCGAUGUUAGCUUGCUAUUGUGCCUGUAUCGGUCUGAUUGGGGCGUAUUGGGUUCUCGUAAUCCGAAUGAACCGGCGAUUGGAUGGUAUUGAUCCUGAGUCUGGGCCUUCUAACGAAGGUGACCUGGCUGGUGCAUUUUCCGAUCAGACAGACUUUGAGCAGAAGAACUUCAGAUACACUACCUAA